AUGAUAACUUGUAGUCAUUUUUUGAAAAACUCCUCUGGCCUCUUCCAGUAUCUAACCUUUGACCCUCCUCCCCAGUACCCCCCAGUCCACACUGCAUCUGCCAGCCUUACAAAGCCACGCAAAUAUCCCACACAUCACGUGUCUCUGCAUGGGGACCAGCAGAUAGCUGCUUAUCUACAUCACGUGUCUCUGUAUGGGGACCAGCAGAUAGCUGCUUAUCUACAUCACGUGUCUCUGUAUGGGGACCAGCAGAUAGCUGCUUAUCUACAUCACGUGUCUCUGUAUGGGGACCAGCAGAUAGCUGCUUAUCUACAUCACGUGUCUCUGUAUGGGGACCAGCAGAUAGCUGCUUAUCUACAUCACGUGUCUCUGUAUGGGGACCAGCAGAUAGCUGCUUAUCUACAUCACGUGUCUCUGCAUGGGAACCAGCAGAUAGCUGCUUAUCUACAUCACGUGUCUCUGUAUGGGGACCAGCAGAUAGCUGCUUAUCUACAUCAUGUGUCUCUGCAUGGGGAUCAGCAGAUAGCUGCUUAUCUACAUCACGUGUCUCUGUAUGGGGACCAGCAGAUAGCUGCUUAUCUACAUCACGUGUCUCUGCAUGGGGAUCAGCAGAUAGCUGCUUAUCUACAUCACGUGUCUCUGCAUGGGGACCAGCAGAUAGCUGCUUAUCUACAUCACGUGUCUCUGCAUGGGGACCAGCAGAUAGCUGCUUAUCUACAUCACGUGUCUCUGUAUGGGGACCAGCAGAUAGCUGCUUAUCUACAUCACGUGUCUCUGUAUGGGGACCAGCAGAUAGCUGCUUAUCUACAUCACGUGUCUCUGCAUGGGGACCAGCAGAUAGCUGCUUAUCUACAUCACGUGUCUCUGCAUGGGGAUCAGCAGAUAGCUGCUUAUCUACAUCACGUGUCUCUGCAUGGGGAUCAGCAGAUAGCUGCUUAUCUACAUCACGUGUCUCUGCAUGGGGACCAGCAGAUAGCUGCUUAUCUACAUCACGUGUCUCUGCAUGGGGAUCAGCAGAUAGCUGCUUAUCUACAUCACGUGUCUCUGUAUGGGGACCAGCAGAUAGCUGCUUAUCUACAUCACGUGUCUCUGUAUGGGGACCAGCAGAUAGCUGCUUAUCUACAUCACGUGUCUCUGUAUGGGGACCAGCAGAUAGCUGCUUAUCUACAUCACGUGUCUCUGCAUGGGGACCAGCAGAUAGCUGCUUAUCUACAUCACGUGUCUCUGUAUGGGGACCAGCAGAUAGCAUAG